AUGAAUCCACAACAAUCUAAUGAAGACAAAGUAACAUUUGUUUUAUUUUUUUCUCGUAAUCAACCAUCAUGCGAUAUACCAUAUUUAAUGGCACAUCAAGAAGAACGCGUCUGUCCAAUGUUAUUAUCUGCUACUUUCUAUUUUAUGCGUGAUCUUGUUGAUUACAGAGCUAUUUCAUUUCAAAAUUCAAUUUAUAUUAUGGGCGGUCGUUAUGCAUCGACCGGUCGUCUUUCGUGUGGUGUUUUUAAAUAUGAUGCUGAAAUUGAUUUUUGGAGAACGUGUGAUUCCAUGCAAGCUCCACGAGUUAAUUUUUCUGUGAGCAUUUUCGAUUCGAAAAUAUAUGUACUGGGUGGCGAAGGUCUUAAAGGUGCGAUUAUACAAACCGUUGAAGCCUAUGAUCCCGUAGCUGAUCGAUGGAAAGAAAUUGGCACAUUACCAAAACCAAGACGAAAUCAUGCAAGUUGUACAAUUAAUGGAAAAAUAUGGUCAUGCGGCGGUGUUAGUUCAUUACUCGAAGCUCAAUCUACGAAUGAAUUAGUCAUUGUUGAUCCUCGCCCAAAUGAAUGGAAACGUUCAUUAACAACGUAUACAUUGCCUGAGCUACGUCAACAACAUUGCAUUACUUUUGUAAACAAUAAUAUAUUUCUAUUUGGGGGAUGUGAAAAAAACGGGGAAUAUGCUCAAAAUAUGCAUUCAAUCUAUCGUAUUAAUAAUCCAUCGUCAGAGAGUGCACCAGCGUGGGAAGAUCUAGGCCAUCAAUUACUACAUCCGCGUACAGACUGUGGUUAUUUUCAACUAGGUGAUUCAUUAUAUAUUGUUGGUGGGUAUAAUAGUGAAACAGGACAACCAACGAAAAUGAUGGAACGUAUUGAUUUAACCGAUGAAACUCGAAUAAAAAUCGAUGAACAAUUUGAAAUCGAUAAAAAUCUCGGAUCUGUUGAUUGCUGUGUUGUUCAAACAAGCAAAUUUAAUGAACAUCUUUUACCUUUAGCUUCAUAUUUAGAUCAUUGGAUCAUUUGGUAA